CCAUCACAUUUAAUAGCUAAUACAGAAGUACCAGUUGUCACAGGUGUAUCUGGAUGCUCUGUGCCCUGACCAAACGUAUAUGCUGUGUUUAUGUCAGAGGGUCUACAUCUGUUGUAUACAUUUUACCAUGGUGUGGUCGAGUUGUGAUGAUUUCUUGAGUGGCCAAUUUGAAAUUGUCACCUGUAUUUGAAACUUGUUUUUGAAUGCUAUUACAUUGGUCCUUUAAGUGUUAUCUACAUAUUUGCUUUCAUCUAUUUUUUUAUCUUAGAAAAGUUGAUUUGCGAUGUCCACCAACCCUAAGCGCACAAUAUACGUAGGAGGGCUUGCUGAAGAAGUUGACGAGAAAGUAAUUCAUGCAGCGUUCAUACCAUUUGGAGAUAUUCUUGAUAUUCAGAUACCUCUCGAUUAUGAAACGGAAAAACAUCGAGGAUUUGCGUUUGUGGAAUUUGAAUCCGCAGAAGAUGCUGCAGCAGCUAUUGAUAAUAUGAAUGAUUCAGAGCUGUUUGGUAGGACUAUUCGAGUAAACCUUGCCAAGCCACAAAAGAUCAAGGAAGGUUCAUCACGUCCUGUGUGGUCAGAUGAUGUGUGGUUGCAAGAUCAUGCCGGUGCUACACUCGAAAAAACAGAAACUGCAGUUGAAAAGAGACCUAAUGAAGAAACUGUGGAAGAAGAACCUGCUGCUAAAAAAGCUAAGAAAAAUCCUCAAGUAUACUUUGAUAUAAAAAUUGGUAAAAACAGUGUUGGAAGAAUUAUUAUGAUGUUAAGAGCAGAUAUUGUUCCAAAAACUGUUGAGAAUUUCAGAUCUCUUUGUACCCAUGAAAAGGGAUAUGGUUAUCAAGGAAGUACAUUUCAUCGAAUAAUUCCUGAAUUUAUGUGUCAAGGGGGAGAUUUUACCAAUCAUAAUGGAACAGGUGGUCGCUCAAUUUAUGGAAAAAAGUUUGAAGAUGAGAACUUCAUUUUAAAACACACUGGUCCUGGUGUUUUAUCUAUGGCUAAUUCUGGACCAAAUACAAAUGGAUCCCAAUUCUUCAUUUGUACUGGACGUACAGACUGGUUGGAUGGUAAACAUGUAGUAUUUGGCCAUGUUAUCAGCGGAAUGGAUGUGGUAAAGAAAAUGGAAAAAUGUGGUACAAAAUCUGGAACAUCGGUAGAGAAGAUUGUCAUUACAACUUGUGGAGAGCUUGUAUAAUCUAUAAUAAAACUUUUAUUAAAAUAUUAUUAUUAUUAUUAUUAUUAUUAUUAUUGUUAUUGUUAUCAUUUAUCA